GGCACUCUCAGUCCAGACUCAGAGCUGCGACCGUCCACCUCGACAUCUGCACACUCGAGACCUCGCCGACCGCCAUGGCAGCUUAUGGAUGCGCAAUGGGACUCCUGCUGCUUCUCGUUGCUUGUGGAGGCAACCCGCUGUACGACUACCAACCAUUCGUGGGAUACCAUUACCCUGAUCUGACCACGGGAGCGGCCGGAGGCGGCUACUACUACAACCCCCCGGUGGCGGCUCCAUCGGCCGUUGCCACCGGUUUCUUCCCGCAGCACGUGCCCGCCUUCACGCUCACACAGGUUAGCAGGUCGGCCAUCUGCACGCUCGUCAACACGUCCAUGUCGGAAGUGUCGGGCGAGGUGCGGCUGUUCCAGGGCAGCCCGCACGAGCCGGUGGUGGUGUCCGGGGUGGUGAGCGGCCUGGAGCCGGGGCUGCACGGCUUCCACGUGCACCGAGAGGGCAAGCUGGGCAACGACUGCGCCGACGCCGGGCCGCACUUCAACCCCGACAACUCUACUCACGGCGGCCCUCACGAUGAGAAGCGUCACGCGGGAGACCUGGGCAACAUCGAGGCGGGCCCCACUGGCGUGGCGGACUUCGCGGUGCUGAGCGACCGGCUGUCGCUGGUGCCCGAGAGCAAGUACUACGCCGUGGGCCGCGCCGUCGUAGUCCACCAGAAGGAGGACGACCUGGGCAAGGGCGGCAACGACGAGUCGCUGCGCACCGGCAACGCGGGCGCGCGCCUCGCCUGCUGCGUCAUCCGGCCCCUGCACUUCUGAGGCGACCGGCCCGUCCCGCUGUACUCAGGAGGCACCGGACACCGAGGCGAAUGUGGAACAGGAACAUGCGGUCGCUGACGGCAGCUGUCGGAAACAGUAGGCCAGCGAAUUUGGCAAGACUGGUGAAUUUUCCCCAACCGUUGUGUUUACAUGACUCGAAGACAUGUGAUCAGAACUAUUGCAUGAUGUGGCUACGGACAUAAUAAAAAAAUCAAAAAUGUUCAAAUGUGUGUGGAGUCUUAAGGGACUUAACUGCUAAGGUCAUCAGUCCCUAAGCUUACACACUACUUAACCUAAAUUAUCCCACGGACAAACACACACACCCAUGCCCGAGGGAGGACUCGAACCUCCGCCGGGACCAGCCGCACAGUCCGUGACUGCAGCGCCUGAGACCGCUCGGCUAAUCCCGUGUGCCUAUUGCAAAAAGAUAAAAAAAUAACAUGGCUCCAAUUAUUACUGUACGUAGUACUGGUCUAAACUAGAAACAACAUGUGUCAGAAAACAAAAUAAAUGUUCGGAUAGGGGCCAUCCUGUCUUAUAAUAGCCAUCUGUCCGUGGUCACAACAGCAUCUGCUCAAUGUAAUCACCAUUACUUCUUAUCCUUAAAUCUCCCUUCUCUAAGAAUCACAAACACGUGCAACUAUACCGGACAGCCCCUAGACUUGGUCAAAUGCAUGUGGCGGCAAACACUUCUAUCGAUGAGUGUGGAAUACACCAAUGUCUUUAAACAUCCUCAUUGCCAAACAUCAAAGGGAUUAAGGUCAAGUGAACGGGGAAGCUAUGUUACUGAACCUCGCUCAUUAAACCUAUGUACUGGGUACUUUUGUAGUUGUCUUUGCCGGCCGGAGUCGCCGAGCGGUUCUAGGCGCUACAGUCUGGAACCGCGCGACCGCUUCAGUCGCAGGUUCGCAUCCUUCCUCUGGCAUGGAUGUGUGUGAUUUCCUUAGGUUAGUUAGGUUUACGUAGUUCUAAGUUCUAGGGGACUGAUGACCUCAGAAGUAAAGUCCCAUAGUGUUCAGACCCAUUUGAACCAUUUUAGUUGUCUUUCAUCAAGGUUGCAUGUUUCCAAUACAGCACAUAGAUACUAGUGAUCGUCACCUGUUAGUUUUUCUGGUGAAAUGUGUGGACCUAUGACUCUGUCGCCUACAAUUCCGCCCACACUUCUCCGUUUUCUUCGUCUUUUCCCACUCAUGUGGAGCCGACGCUCUUGACAAGUCUUUUCCAUUCUCCUCGGUUCCACACUUCCUUUCACUUUCCCUCAAGUCCUCCUGUACGUAGUCCAUCUAUCUUUUUCUUGCUUUUCCCCUUCAUCUGCCACCUCCCACUACCACUUCUACCGUUCUCUUGCCAAUGCAGGUGUCGCUCCUUCUCAUGACGUGUCCAUACCAUCUUCGUCACUUAACGUUGCCUCUUAUUCUCUUGUUUCUAAUCUUAUGGGCUCUGAUGACGCCACAAUUUCUUCUUCACACUCUCAUUUCAGCCACACUCAUUGCCUUACAAAUGUUCCUUAGUUCGUGCACAUGUUCUCUGGUCCGUACAGCAUUCCAGAUUUCACUGCUGACUUAUACAUCAUUCCUUUAGUCUCUAUAUUUAUUCUUGUAUCACACGAUACACCUGACGACCUUUAAGAGUUCAUCCAACCUUUCUUGUUCUAUGGGCUACUGCCAUACCCGAAUUUCCAUCACCAGACGCUGUUGAUCCUGAGUGCUACUGCCUACUCUCGUUAGGCAUUGUCUACCCACGCAUUGUUACUAAAGCGAAACACAUGCUUGCUUCCGUGAUCACUCGAUGAUUUGCAUCUGCCCACACGUGGUUAUUGUCGUAAGUUAUUAUCCCAAUCUGUGCGAAUAAUGCCGCAUCAGUAAAUAAAAACAUGCUGUGAACUUCUGAUCUUCAGCGCUCCGCCGUGCAAUGAAACACCGCGAACUAGACAUCAUAUUUUAAGAAGAAAAAAGCAGGAUAUCAGCCCCACAGGCGGAUCCCGCGUGAAAAUUUGGGCCAUAAAGCUGAUAGUAUGCACUUAACGAACUUCUGAAAAUACAGUGUUCAAACUUCCGCGCAGACCGAUUGGAUGUCACUCGCUCCGUCCCACUGAGGUCCGGGUGCGAAGUGCUGUACAGUGGAGUGGCAAUCAGAGCCCUGCUAUUCGUGGGACGUUGAAGGUGAGGGAAGAGGAAUGGGGAGUUUGAUACAUCUGCCCAGCGUGUUUUGAAAUCUCGCUCGAGAAAACAUGUUAUGCUACGCGAAAAAUAGCAAGUAAUGCACUUAAGAUGCCAAUUUCACACAGAUACAGGUUCAACAUUAUGUUAACAACAAUUUCGUAUUGAUAUUUUGCAGCUAUAUAAAUGACUAAAAACCAAAACGGAUAAAACUAACCAACUGAAGAAUUAUUACGAAAUGAUUUUCAGUUUACAAUGUAAUCGUAUAAGUCAUGUUGAAAUACGUGAUCCUGCAAAUGUGCUUUAGUUGAACAUUGACAGCUUUACAACCCAAAAAGAAUAACGUACAAUAGCACUGCACAACUUCUUAAUAACACAUUCAUUCGUUUCAUUCAUUUACACCGCAUUUUUAAACCACAACAUGAAAAUGUUUAAAACAAAGAGAUCUAUGGCACCUGCUACAUGUUACAAACCGCGCACUUCGACGCAGUGAAGACACAAUGACACAUUGUUACCUAUGUCAAAACAGUAUUUUACAAACGUCUUUCUCAUUCCACUGUACAGUACUUCGCCCUCAGGUAUUAAGCGGACGCAGUGGGCCGGAGCUAGUGACAAACCAACCGCUGCGCGCAGAUGCUUAAAAGGUGUACUUUCGGAUCAUAACUGCGUACUAUCAGACUGAUGGCCCUUUAUUUUGCCGCAGGAUCGAUUGCUGGAGCUGAUAUAGUGCAAGUGUGCUUUUUCCUCCUUAAAAUAUCAGGUCAAGUCGGAGCAAUUUACUUGUUAGAACACAAUGGCAGAACACACGCUGUCACAGAUACGGAUGAAAUAACUGCGCUUGUAAAACUGAUCCUGCAUGGCCUUGAUUUGUACCUUCAGAGGCUCCAGUUUUCCCCACAGAUGUUUCAGCAUCAUCUUCUACUUGUCGCAAACAGUCGAUCUCCCAAGCCCGCAGGUACACCUGCUGCACAUUUUUUUCAGGUACAAGUAUUACCUCCUAAGAGUCGUUAGGUGCAUUUUCUCUGGUGCUUCGGCGGAAUCUGCUAUCUCGUUUCUGCAACAUGUAGACAGUGUCAUCCCAAACAAAUACUGCUUAUAAAGUCUUUCUUGCAACGCCUAACGUCUACGGAAAGUGUUGGUUUGGUUCCCGUUACAAACAAAAUUAUUUUCUAAACGUAAUUACGUAAUUUUACGUGCCUAUUCGACAACGUGGACCCAAACCAGUCUAGUGCGAUAUUCGUUUCAUCGGUAUGUAUUAACAGGGUCAGUAAAACACGAUGAAUAAUCACUAUUAGACUGAUUUGGGACUGAUCUAUCGAAAAUUUUGCUUUAAAAUCGUUUUGUUUGUAACGGGAUACAAACCCACGCUUUCCGUCGACGCUCGGCAUCGCAAGAAAGACGUAAUAAGUAGUAUUUGUUUGGGCUGACAUUAUCUACAUAUUUCAAAAACGAAAUUGCAAAUACCUGCAGAAACAUUAGGGAAAAUGCACCUGACGUCUCUUUGGGUAAACACGCGGUAUAAGGCAACGCCGAGAAUGUCUAAAUAACAUAUACCUGUCGAUUGGCUAAAACAUGGAGAAAUACCACAUCUCCCCCUUACCACGUGGAAAAUCAGGGUUUCAAUUCACUGUUUGCAUUCCACAGAACCAAUCAUCGUGUUCUGACGACAGCACAACCAUAUAUCGAAGUGUACGGAAUAACUGAUGAAGCAGAAAGGUGUGUGUUAUUUCUGUCAACAGCAUCACAGCCAGAGGAUUAGGUACGGAUACAAACAUAACAAAUAAGAAAUAAACAGUGAACGAAAACAGGAAGACAGCCUACGCUACCACUGGCCUUACUCAAUGCAAGUAAAAUAGCCCAUUCAGCAACAAAUAUUUGUCUACAUACAAAUAUUUAUAUGAUCGCUUUUUUCUAGUGUUUUUAACCACACUAUAUAGCCAGCAUAAUGAGGUGUCAUUCCACCAUAACAAGUCUGCAAGUCGUCACUUGACAGCCUCAUUUGAUAUCCACUGGCAGAUCGCUUUAAUUGUACACCAUGUUCACCAAGAUCUACUGACUGCACUUGCUUAUGACGACACACACCCUGCUCUCUCCCUCUCAGGCCUUCUCAGGCAGUCGCCGUUUCAUUAUUAUCGGAAGAGGAUAUCAUUUUUUGUGCUGCCAUUCAGGAGAUACAGGGAAUAUGGCGAACUGCAGCAGUGAACAAAUAUGUUACGGCUUCAAACGUGCGCGACUCGAAGUGCUGUGGCAGCUCUCUUUGGACAUCGUACGGCGAAAGCACUUCCAGCGAAUGUACUGCAGUGGCAUCGCAUUUCAGCGGGACUGUGACGAAUCAUCUGUUUGUAAGCAAAGAAAUGCGUCAUACAGCUGCUGUGGUUUGGUCACUGAGAACGCUGGGCUUUGCACGACUGGAUUUGGGCCACAUCGAGAGGAUAAAGUGCUUCACUGAACGAGAGGACGACACCAUCGAAAGGAUUAUCAUCUCUGUUGCUACAUUUCAGGAUAAUUUCACAAGACAGCCAUAUUCCACUUUUUACUAUAAGCAUAAAAGCCUGUGGUCUUACAUUAGAGCUCCUCAUCUAACUCAACAACUACUUGUUAUGAUGUAUCUACGUCAUGUUAUUUUAAAUUCUGUAAUAUCUUUGUAAAUAUUCACAAACAUGACAAGUUGCAUUCAGCGACCUUAUGUUCCUGUUCCAAAUAUGUCUGUCGUGGUUUUCCCCACCUUCUAUAUUUAUUUGUCCGAAUAACCUUGAGGCACCGUGU